CCAUUGCAUUGAGAAUUACUUCUUAAUUUGCAAAUACUAUCAAAUACAAAUACUACUAAAAGGACUAAAGUCACAAAAAGGAAGUGACAUUUUAUUUAAAACAGGAAGUGCAUCUUUCUCUCUUCUACAGAGUCAUUAGUUCAGAGACGUCAGUUGAGGGCGUGAGAGCGAGAGACAGAGACGCAGAGACACGAUGGUUGAAUUCAGACGGAUUAAUACGACUUUAGUGGUGAUACUGCUGCUUCAGUUUACAGCAGUCACUGGAAAAACUUCCCUCUCCCUCACUGUCAGAGCUGGACAUAGUGUCACUUUGCUGUGUGAAAAUGUGAUAAAACCUCAGCACAAAUGUGACAGUACUAUCUGGCUCUACAGUCGUCAUGGGGAAACAUUUAUAGAGCUGAUUAAUCUUGGGCAGAUGGGUAGAAAUGGGAUUUCCAAAGCUAAAGCAGACAGACUGAGUGUUACAGAAAACUGUUAUCUGGUCGUACAUAAUAUCACACCUGAGGAUGCUGGUCGUUACACCUGCAGACAGUUCAGAUCAGGAGGAAAACAACAAGGUCCAGACUUUCAGGUUCUUCUGUCUGUUAUUGAUAUGACAUUUGCUUCUCAUCUUGAUCAAAAGUCGCUCAAGUGUAACGUGAGGGUUACUAAGACUGGAGAAACUCUGCUGUGUGAUGCUGGACCCCAGUCCUCGUGUCAGAAAACGGGAAGCACACCAGCAGGGAGAAAUGAUCCCCCAGGACAAGAUUGGUUGAGGUUCAUCAUCGUGUCUGUCGGUUUAGCAUCGCUCAUAAUAACUGUGGUGACGGUCACGAUAUGGACGAGAGCUAAAGGGAACAGAGCACAGACGGAUGAUAAUGCAGUGCAUAAUGAUGAAGAUGAAGGUGUAGUGACCUAUGAAAACGUUGGAGAACCUUCUGCUUCCAUCAGACUCCACUGAUCAACAAGUUCAACAUCAAAACAAACUCGUAAAGAAAAGUAAAGAAACGUGUAACAUAAUAUUAGGUCGUUUCCUAUUUGUUGUAAAAAGUAAGUCUAAAUUGGCUUCAACUUUAAAAAACAAAAAAUUACGUUUUUUUAAACUUUUUAUUGACUUUUCUUUCUCUGGGUUUAAAUUAACUUUAAGUCUCUUAAAAAUAAUUGAUAGUUAAAUAAUCUAC